GAAGGUACAAGAGCACCCUGACUCACGAAGAGUACUAGGCUAUAUCCGACAGGGUUGUUUAGUUGUUCACUUUUAUCGUAGUAAAACAAAUCGGGGACAAACAAUCUAUACAGACAUUAAUUCCAUACGACUGGAUUUCAAAGGAAUACAAAGGGUUUUUUCUGGAUAUUGUUUCGGUUUCUACGAAAAAGCUACGGAAAACUUUGUCAGCUCUUUUCCUGACUGAACUACAGUGCAGCACAAUGUGUGAUCUUAGUAUGGACCAAGUGACCCCCUUCUCUGUUGGCUGCCGCUCUGUUUUGAAGCGUCAGCCGGCCUUUGAUGUGUUUGAAGACACCAUGUCUCUCUUCUCGGGGUACUGCUUCCCUUCUGAGGGGGAGCAGUCUGCCCAGGAGGUGCCCACAGGCCUGGACUCUUAUGAUCUAGGCCCCUGCACGGUGCCACUCCUGACCCCCUGCAGCAAAGCCGUGAUGAGCCAGGCGCUGAAGGACAGCUUCAGUGGGUUUGCCAAGGUGCAACAUCGCUGUGGGAUCUCCAACAACCCCCGCACCUGGAGCAAGCCUCAUGUGAUCCAGUGGCUGAACUGGGCAGCCAGUGAGUUCAGCCUGUCCAACAUCAACUUCUUCAAAUUCAACAUGAAUGGACAUGAGCUCUGUGACCUGGGCAAGGAGCGCUUCCUGGACCUGGCACCAGACUUUGUGGGUGACAUCCUCUGGGAGCACUUGGAUCAGAUGAUGAAAGAUUGCCAGGAGAAAGAAGAGUCCCAGAACCUCAGUAGCACUGUGCCUUCAGCGUCCGGCUGGUUGACCAACAACUCAGUCGGCUUCAGCAUGGAGGAAACCAACUGCUCUCUUCAAGUGCCCGACUGCACCAGCAGCCUUUUGAGGGAGCUCUUUGAGACCCCAGACAGGGCCACGCUCCUCAGCCCAGAGCCGAAGUACCCCAUUUUCUCCAAGCCCCAGUUGCACACCGUCAGCGUCAGCUACAUGCCCAUUACCCAGGACUUCUCCAGAAGCAGCCAAGGGACUGGACUUUGCAAACCAUUCUCUUCCCACGACCAGAGUUCCAUGGAGAGCGUGGAUAGCUUUGAUGGCACCGAGUCUCUGCUUCGCUCUUGGGGCAGCCAGUCUUCCCUGGCUGACAUGCAGCGAGUCCCCUCCCAUGACAGCUUUGAGGAUGACUUUGCCUCAGUGCCUCUGACCGUGGGAAAGCAGGGUCUGUCUUUCAAAGACUACGUGCAGGAGAGGAAUGAACCAGUGGAGACAGGCAAGCCUGUCAUCCCUGCUGCAGUGCUGGCUGGAUUCACGGGUAGUGGCCCAAUCCAGCUGUGGCAGUUCCUGCUGGAGCUUCUAACGGAUAAAACAUGCCAGCCCAUCAUCAGCUGGACCGGAGAUGGCUGGGAGUUCAAACUCAUUGACCCUGAUGAGGUCGCCCGCCGCUGGGGACGCAGGAAGAACAAGCCCAAGAUGAACUACGAGAAGCUGAGCCGUGGCCUGCGCUACUACUACGACAAGAACAUCAUCCACAAGACCUCGGGCAAGCGCUACGUCUACCGCUUCGUCUGCGACCUGCAGAACCUGCUGGGGUACUCUGCCGAGGAGCUGCAUGUUAUGCUGGGGGUGCAGCCUGACACCGAGGACUGAGCGAGCUCCUUUUCCGUUUCAGGCAGGUGCAGGAGAAGUGGGCAGUUGCCGUUAAUAGGAGGCCUUCUGAUGUUCACCAGUCUAUGGUGAGCUUGUGGGUUGCACAAUACACUGUGUUGAUAGUCACUGCAUUGACGGAGACCGGAGACACGAGCGGGUGGUGUACCCUCUUCAUCUUUUUUGACUGUGGAGAGGUGACCCUCAGAGCCUGCUGCAGGGGAAAGACUCUCCUUUUUCCUUAUUUGAAUCUGUUAUGGCAAUGGCAGGCUCUUUGCUCAAAGGUGGUGAAAUUCCUGUCCACCUGUAUUUCUCUUGAGCUGCCAGUUUGAAAUGGCUGCAAAUGAGAGAUAUUUGCGCGCGUUAACCUGAGGUAAACGCUCAACAUUCCAGAACGGUUAAAACUGGUACCGAAAGUUUGCCCAAAGAUGACAUAGUUGGCGACUCUAGUUACGCUUCAUAAUGCCUGAGUAUUGGCAAUUAUGCUUGUUAUCUAAAGUCUAUUGAAACUGUAUGACUCCUCCCAUGAGUUACAAUUUGUGGAUGUGCUUUUACUUGUCAAACUUGUUGGUAAUAUGGCAAAUUGUAUGUUCAAUGUUGACACUAUAGCACAAGCAGUGGGGCCUCUGAAAGUAUUUACCGUUCAAGGAGAGGAAUGUGCUUCUGAUUCUGCAAAGAUGUUUACAUUGCCUUCUUACAACUUUGUACAAAGUGCUUUCUACUGUUGUGCUAAGCGGCUUGCAAUCCAAAUUCAGGCUGACAUGCCUACACUGGUGUGUCACACACUGUGUCAGAUGCAGUGAAGAUGCUGCAUUUUUCUCUUCUGUUAAAGGGAAUUUAUUAUUUUUAUUCAUUAUAUUUUUAUUUUGCUUUGUAUUGUUAAAGAUGUAAAUUUAUAUUUUUUAUCAUGUUAUAUGAGUGUAUUAUUAUGUGGAUUUCACUGGACUAAUUUAUUAGCUGAAUUCCAUUUGCAUUUUUUGCAACAGUUGUACAUGUUAUGUAAUUUAUUGUUGGGGUUGCAGUUGGUCAAUAAGAGUUCUAUUUGUUCCUGAUUUGCUGCUUUACUUUCCCUCUCUCUGUGGCCAAAGCGACAUGUGGAUGUAAGAAAAAAAGUUAAACUUUGUGUUUAUAUAUUUCAUUAUGUAUGUUUUUCUCUGUAUCCAACAGACCUGUGCUUGCCACAGGUAUGGACUGGCUAGAGGUGUAAUUACUGUAUGAAUAUUUAAUAAGAAUUGUGAAAAUGGGGCUGAAACCACUUUUUCUCAGGAGGAUGACAUUAUUUAGUAAAUUAAUGUUGUAAAAAUGUUAACCUGAAUCGUAUAUUUCACUGUUUAGACAGACAUGACUUGUCCUGAAAGGGUGUGCUGUCUUAAUUUUAAGUUGUAAAUUCACCUCCUUUCAAUACCUUCUGUGUGAACAGUUUUAAAUUAAAUAGCUGUCAAGUUCUAAUGUUUGGCAGGUGGAUGUAAAUGCAUAGGGACAGGAGAGCUGGGCAUUGUGGAAUGUACACCUUUUAUAUCUAUCGAGAAUACAUUUAUUUGAGGUAGACAUUAUUUUGUACGAAAGACUGAUUUGACUACUUACCCUACAGAAUCCAAUGGAUGGUUCAUGUUCAAAAGCAGAGUAUACUGAGCAGCUUCUCGUUACAGAUGUGUUUGCAUUUUAUGGGCAGAAUUUUGAACUGCAAACAUGCAAACAACAAUGUAAAGGCUGCUGUUAUUUAUUUUGUUUGUGAUGAUACCAUCUGCAUUAAUUUUUUAAAUGGUGACAUUUCUUCUGUGUUAUUUACCCCUACCCAAGAAUAACUGAUUGACAGCGUUGUUACAUUAUAACCUUGUAAUAAAGCUUUAUUUUUUCCUAUGA